GCCCAUGAGAGAAAGGGGAUCUUAGAUUCAGGCUGGGGUAUGGCCUCAGUGGCUGCAUGCCUAGUAAAUCUGGGUGGGGAACUGAAGCAGGAAGGGGAGGGGAGGGAGGAGCUGUCAGUCCUUGGACACAGCCAAAUCCCCGCCCCUGUGUGACAGGCUGGGAGAACCCUUUGGGCUUGGAGAGAGGAGGAGCCUGACAUCCAGCUGCCCCAGAAGGUCCCAGCACUUCACUGCUACUCUUCCUUCCAAGCCUCCCCUUCACCAGACAGAAGCCUCAGUUUGCCUCUGGCCUCCUGGUCCUUCUUCCAACCCUCAGUCUGUAUUAAGUUUCCAGUUUCAGAAACCGUCACAUCUGGAGAGAAAACCUUAGGAUCCUCAGUGCCCACGUUAGGAAGGAUGCUCUCUGGCAUGCCCUCCACACCCUAUGCAUGCCCACCUUCACACGGACAUAAGGCACGUGCAGCUCAGUCCUCAGCCCUCAGCUUAGGGCUCUGCACUGGCCCCCCUGCAUAUGUGCAUUCGUUGUCUUUAGAGUGGUCCGUGAUGCAUGUAACAGUACAGACAGCAGUGACCUGGACCUAAUCUUUGCCUAUUUUGAAGUCGUCCACCUAUUUUUGUCUCCCUUCAUGACCAAAUAUCUGCCAUGAAUCACUUGCAUCUGCUGCGUUAACGUCAUCUCCCAUUUACUCCACAGUCACUCUGAACUGGCUUCUGUCCCCACUCCUCCACCACCACUACCAAAUCUGGUGGACACUCUCCAGUGCUUUUCUUGCUUCCCUCCUCCUUUCUGUUGAAUUUCUCUCUCCCUUGAUGUUUUUGGUUCCACACUCCCUUGGAUUUCCUCCCUCCGCUUUCUCAGUUACCUUUGCUGGCUUUCCUCCCUUGUGCUGGGCCCUUUUCUAAUCAUUGCCUACUCUGUUCCUAGGUGAUCUCACACAUUCAGCAGUGUCAUUAAUAUGCCAGUGAUCCCAAAUCAAUAACCAGCCCAAAACCCUCUCUUGAGCUUCUGUUCAUUACUUGAUAGCUCUAUUGGACAUCACGUCAAACUUAGCAUGUCUAGGAAAAAAUGCCCUAAACCAGCUUCUGCUGAGCUCUUGCUAUCUCUGUUCAUAGCCCAUUAUUUGCUCAAGCAAGAAACCUGGUAGACGUUAUUGACAUUCCUUUUUUCCUCUCUCAUGCAGUCCAUCACGAUGUCCUUUGGAUUCAACCUCAUGAAUAUUUCUCAGAUCAGUCUUUUUGCCUAUAGCUCUGCUAAUACCCAACAUUAUCUUACCUGAGGAACUCUGAUAACCUCUUAACUGGUUUCCUGAUUUCAUUCUUCUCUUUCUCUUCAUUCUCAUAGCUGCUGGAGUUCCUUUCACAUUUAUUUGUAUUUGUUUAUAAAUUGAAUCAUCCCCACUCCCAACUUAGGGUAAAAUCAGAUUCUAAUUUGGGGCCCACAAGAUCCCACAUGAUCUCAUCUCUGUCUCCCCAAAUUUAGCUCUUCCUUUUAUUUACUUUGUUCCAACUACGUGGUUCUUUCAGAUUCUCAAUGAGCUUUUUGACUAAGAACUCUCAUCCUUCUAUUCCUUCAGCCCAAAAUGAUUUCCCACUCUGACUCUCUAAUAUUCCUGCUGUUACCUACCAUUGUUCUCCUGUCCCCCAGAGUGCUGCAUAAAAGUUGCUUAAAGAGCCCUUUUCUGAUCACCCAGUGGAUGAAAAUGUUCUUCCUUAUAGUAUCUUUUUUUUUCUUUAUAGCACUCCCAUGCCACCAAUUUGUAAUUAUGUAUUUACUUGGUUAUUUAUCACUACCUCCUCACCACAAGAACAGUGACCAUAUCUGUUUUUGUUUUUUUUUUUUAGAGACAGUCUCACUUUAUCGCCGUCGGUAGGAUGCCGAGGCAGCUCACAGCAACCUCCAACUCCUGGGCUUAGGCGAUUCUCUUGCCUCAGCCUCCCAAGUAGCUGAGACUACAGAAGCUGGUGUGAGUAGCAGGAGCCAUCUGUGGGCACCAUGGCAAAGAGGGAGGACAGCCCUGGCCCAGAGGUCCAGCCGAUGGACAAGCAGUUCCUGGUAUGCAGCAUCUGCCUGGAUCGGUACCAGUGCCCCAAGGUUCUGCCUUGCCUGCAUACCUUCUGUGAGAGAUGCCUCCAGAACUACAUCCCUGCCCAGAGCCUGACACUAUCCUGUCCAGUGUGCCGGCAGACGUCCAUCCUCCCUGAGCAGGGUGUCUCAGCACUGCAGAACAACUUUUUCAUCAGCAGCCUCAUGGAGGCAAUGCAGCAAGCACCUGAUGGAGCCCAUGACCCCGAGGACCCCCACCCCCUCAGCGCAGUGGCUGGCCGCCCUCUCUCCUGCCCCAACCAUGAAGGCAAGACGAUGGAGUUUUACUGUGAGGCCUGUGAGACAGCCAUGUGUGGCGAGUGCCGUGCAGGGGAGCAUCGGGAGCACGGCACCGUGCUGCUGCGGGAUGUGGUGGAGCAGCACAAGGCGGCCCUGCAGCACCAGCUCGAGGCUGUGCGUGGUCGAUUGCCACAGCUGUCCGCCGCAAUUGCCUUAGUUGGGGGCAUUAGCCAGCAGCUGCAAGAGCGCAAGGCAGAGGCCCUGGCCCAGAUCAGCGCAGCCUUCGAGGACCUGGAGCAGGCUCUGCAGCAGCGCAAGCAGGCUCUGGUCAGCGACCUGGAGACCAUCUGUGGGGCUAAGCAGAAGGUGUUGCAGACCCAGUUAGACACACUGCGUCAGGGUCAAGAACACAUCGGCAGCAGCUGCAGCUUCGCAGAGCAAGCUCUGCGCCUGGGCUCGGCCCCGGAGGUGUUGCUGGUGCGUAAGCACAUGAGAGAGCGACUGGCGGCACUGGCGGCGCAGGCCUUCCCAGAGCGGCCGCACGAGAACGCACAGCUGGAACUGGUCCUUGAGGUUGAUGGGCUACGGCGAUCGGUGCUCAACCUAGGUGCGCUGCUUACCACGAGUGCCACGGCACACGAGACGGUAGCCACGGGCGAGGGCCUGCGACAGGCACUUGUGGGCCAGCCUGCUUCGCUCACCGUCACUACCAAAGACAAGGACGGGCGGCUGGUACGCACAGGCAGUGCCGAGUUGCGCGCUGAGAUCACAGGCCCAGAUGGCACACGCCUUCCAGUGCCGGUGGUGGACCAUAAGAAUGGCACGUAUGAGCUAGUGUACACAGUGCGCAGCGAAGGCGAGCUGCUCCUCUCAGUGCUGCUAUAUGGACAGCCGGUGCGUGGCAGCCCUUUCCGCGUGCGUGCCCUGCGUCCUGGGGACCUGCCACCUUCCCCAGAUGAUGUGAAGCGCAGAGUCAAAUCCCCUGGAGGCCCCGGGAGCCAUGUGCGCCAGAAGGCAGUACGUAGGCCAAGCUCCAUGUACAGCACAGGCGGCAAACGGAAGGACAACCCAAUUGAGGAUGAGCUCGUCUUUCGCGUUGGCAGCCGUGGAAGGGAGAAGGGUGAAUUCACUAAUUUACAAGGUGUAUCCGCAGCUAGCAGUGGCCGCAUAGUGGUAGCAGACAGCAACAACCAGUGUAUCCAGGUGUUCUCCAAUGAGGGCCAGUUCAAGUUCCGUUUUGGGGUCCGAGGGCGUUCACCUGGGCAGUUGCAGCGCCCCACAGGUGUGGCAGUGGACACCAAUGGAGACAUUAUCGUGGCAGACUAUGACAACCGUUGGGUCAGCAUCUUCUCUCCUGAAGGCAAGUUCAAGACCAAGAUUGGAGCUGGCCGCCUCAUGGGCCCCAAGGGUGUAGCUGUAGACCGGAAUGGACAUAUCAUUGUGGUUGACAACAAAUCUUGUUGCGUCUUCACCUUCCAGCCCAAUGGCAAGCUAGUUGGCCGUUUUGGGGGCCGUGGGGCCACUGACCGACACUUUGCAGGACCCCAUUUUGUGGCUGUGAACAACAAGAAUGAGAUUGUAGUAACGGAUUUCCAUAACCAUUCAGUGAAGGUGUACAGUGCCGACGGAGAGUUCCUCUUCAAGUUUGGUUCCCAUGGUGAGGGCAAUGGGCAGUUCAAUGCCCCCACAGGAGUAGCUGUGGACUCUAAUGGGAACAUCAUCGUGGCCGACUGGGGCAACAGCCGCAUCCAGGUAUUCGACAGCUCUGGCUCCUUCCUGUCCUAUAUCAACACAUCUGCAGAGCCACUGUAUGGCCCACAGGGCCUGGCACUGACCUCAGAUGGCCAUGUGGUAGUGGCUGAUGCUGGCAACCAUUGCUUUAAAGCCUAUCGCUACCUCCAGUAGCUGCCUGGCACAUGGAGGAACAGACAUAGGGGUGAUUGGACAAGAAGGUCUGGCUUGGAGGUGGGCCAGACAUGGCGGCACUGAAUGUGGGCUGUGGGCGUGGGUACGCCUGGAGCCCUCCCUCUCCCCGCUUCCCCUACCCCACAGUUGCACUUUAUUUAUUCGGUUCUUGCUUUGGUGACUGGAUGGGCCUGGACUGUAGGCCCAAGGAUGUGUGCAGAGCUUCACCCUACCCACUUAUGCACCUCCCCUGCCCCCUCAGUCUGCUCCCCACCCUCCAGCCUGGGGCCAGAACAACCUCCUUCUCCAGGACAGAAGUCCCUCUGGUUGUCUCCCUAUCACUCUAUACACACUGACAGAGACAGCAAUACCCCACCCACCAUAUUAAAUAAAUGUCUUCACCAAGA